AUGUUGAAUGACUUGACCUCUUACCCUGCCUUGCAAGGCGCCUUCAAGGGCGACCUCCUGCUCCCUUCUGAUGAUGGAUAUAAACAGUCCCUCAAGAGAUUCGCAGCUACUGCACAGAAACCAGCUGGAUUAGUUGCUUUUCUGAAAGACGAAGGCGAUAUACAGGCUGUACUGAGCUUUGCGAAAGAGGAAAAUACCGAGAUUGCUGUAAAGUGCGGUGGACAUAGUGUCUCAGGGGCAUCUUCCACCUCAGGUGGAAUAGUCAUUGACCUCUCAAGGUAUCUCAACAAAGUUACUGUGGACGUCGAGCAGAAGAUCGCGCAUGUAGGCGGAGGAGCAACUUGGAGAGAUGUGGAUCUGGCUACUUCCCCUCAUGGGAUGGCUUCCGUAGCUGGCACUGUCAGCCAUACCGGAAUAGGAGGUUUGAUCCUAGGUGGUGGAUAUGGUUAUCUCACAGGGGAAUUCGGUUUGGUUAUUGAUAAUUUACUAUCAGCAAGAUUGGUAGAUUCACAUGGUGUGGUACAUGAAUGUUCGGAAAGCGAAAAUCAAGACCUGUUCUGGGCAAUCCGUGGCGGAGGCGGUAAUUUCGGUAUCGUCACUUCAUUUUCACUUCGACUUCAUCCUCAAAGAUCAGAAGUGUUUAUGGCCGACUUGCAUUUCCCUGGAGAGAAAGUGGUGCAAUUCUUCGAAGCUUUAGGAGAAUGGUUGACAGUGCAGACAGAGAAAGACUUGUUAUUUGUCUUUUUCCAAGAUAUGGGUAAUGGACCGGUCAUCAUGGCUCAUUGUUUCCAUAAUGGACCUCUGGAAGAUGGUAAGAAACACUAUAAAGCGUUCUACGAUCUAGGUCCAAUUGUCGAUACCACUGAGAUGAUUCCUUAUCUAUCACUCAACCAAGCUAUAGACGAUGAUCGACCAUACGGUACAGGUCUGUACUGGCACGGAACCAUAUUCCCUUCACCCAUCAUCCAUCCAGAGGCAGGUCAGAAACUAUGGGAAUCAUACUAUGAUGUAUGUAAGAAAGAACCGGAAUUUAGUAAAUCUACUUUUACGAUAUUAGAAUUUCAUCAUCCCUCUAAAUUGAUGGAGAGGUCUAAUGGGGAAAUGGCAUUCAACAGUAGGGGUGAACAGAUUAAUAUGUUAAUUGGAAUAGGAUGGGAUGGUAUAUUGGGUAAUCAACCCUUUGAAAAGGCUAAGAAGUAUGCUAAGGGGAUCGCAGAUGCUGCUUCGGAUAAGGAUGAACAAGAGGAUGGAUACGCUAAUUGGGAAUCCAAUACCCCGACUGGGUACGACAGAUCGAUAAGAGCUUUUGGGGAUCAGUAUCCGAGAUUGCAAGCCUUGAAGGCGAGAUAUGAUCCUAACAAUAUGUUCAACAAAUGGCAUCCGAUCGAACCAAAGGCGGAGUGA